UUGCCUUCAAACAAAUCUCUUUCUUCAGCUAGAAGCAUGGCUCGAAUGGAACAAGCCAUUCAGAAUGUUGUGGAUUUGUUUUCGGAGUAUGCUGACGGUGACGGCAAGUUAAACAGGGAGGAACUAGAGAAACUGGUAGAGAAAGAAAUUCAGAACCCAGAGCUCAAAGCUAAACUCUCUGCAGGUGACCUCGAUGAGGCCAUGGGGAGGAUGGAUAGGAACCGCGAUGGUGAGAUCGACUUCAAAGAGUUUAUGAAGUGUCUGUCUUUCGUGGCCCUCCGCUGCUACUGCAAGAAGAUGGGCAAGGGCCAUUAA